AUGAGCAAUCCAGAUAGACAAGUUUACUGGGCUCAAAACCAUACCUCGAUUUGGCCAAGGAUCAAAAAGCACUUGUUAUACGCUCCACUAGGUCGCAACCGCCACAACAAAGAGAUUCAGCUUUCCUCGGCAAUCAGUAUUGGAACCCUCCCAUCACGCUUCCACACUCUACUGCUGACUGUCUACCUCUUCUCCAACAUUGCCUACUGUCUGGUCCUACAUUGGGGCAGCGAAGACCGUGCUGCCGUCAUUGCUGAACUUCGCGGUCGCAGCGGUGAGCUCGCUGCACUCAACAUUAUCCCUACCAUGCUCUUUGCCAUGCGUAACAACCCUCUGAUUCCUCUGCUAAGAGUCUCAUAUGACACAUUCAACCUCCUCCACAGAUGGUGCGCCAGAGUGUGCGCCGUCGAGAGCAUUGUCCACACAAUUUGCUACCUUGUCAACGUUGUCGACUCUGUGGGCUACGACGGACUCAAGGUCAACUUGACCAUUCCAAGUUAUGCAUGGGGUAUGGUCGGAACUUGCGCCUUUACUGCGAUCAUCCUUCAAGCAUUCUCGCCUCUACGCCAUGCCUUCUACGAAACUUUCCUAAACCUUCAUCGAGUCCUGGUCAUGGUGGCUCUGAUUGGUAUCUAUUUACAUCUCGAGAAGCACAACCUUCCGCAAACACCAUACAUCAAGUUCGUUAUCAUCCUCUGGGGACUAGAGUGGCUCUCGCGCUUUGUGCGUGUAGCCUACUUCAACUUCAGUCUGAAGUCCGGCAUGUCAAGAGCACACAUCGAAGCACUUCCUGGGGAGGCUUGCCGUGUCACCUUCGAGCUUGCCAGGUCGUGGAACUACAUCCCUGGAUCGCACGUCCAUGUCUACUUCCCCACGGUUGGUCUAUGGUCGUCACAUCCCUUCUCUGUCGCUUGGGCAGAAACAAAACCUAGGAGUGCACCGCUCGAGAUUGAGAUGGAAAAGUUGCCAUCCUGGAACAUGCCCAAGCAUCAAUCUGUCGUUUCGCACUACAAGACGCAAAUCUCCGACCGCGAUGGACCUGAAGUUACGCACGUAAGUCUAAUCAUCCGUGCCAGAUCGGGCAUGACACGCCAAUUAUACGAAAGGGCAUGUGCGUCGCCUAAUGGAAUCAUCACGCUACCUGGUGUCAUGGAAGGGCCAUACGGUGGUCAUGAGAAGCUGGCAUCUUACGGCACAGCUGUCUUGUUUGCCGGAGGUGUUGGCAUCACGCAUUGUGUGGGUUAUGUGCACCGUCUUUUGACACAGUACUCACAAGGAACGUGCUCGACACGUCGUAUUCUCCUCGUUUGGUCGGUGCCCACUACCGAAGCGCUCGAAUGGGCACGACCAUGGAUGGAUCAAAUUCUCAAGAUGGAGGGCCGCAAGGAGGUGCUUCGCGUGCAGCUCUUUGUCACCAAGCCUCGAAACCAGAACGAAGUCAACAGCCGAACAGGCACAGUGCAAAUGUUCCCCGGACGCUGCAACCCGUCGACGGUGCUAGAGAAGGAGGUGGCGGAACAAGUUGGAGCAAUGGGUGUUGUGGUAUGCGGGCCCGGAGCAUUCGCAGACAGCGUUCGGGCAGCAGUGCGCAAGAAGGUCGACGUUGGUAAUAUCACGUUCCAUGAGGAGGCUUUCACGUACUAA